AUGAAGGAACAUGAUGCGGCUUCCCACGACUCAUCUGUACCAAUCGUCAAACAGCGGUCACAAAACAGCUCAACAGGUCGCCAAACACAACCUACAUAUGCAGUAAUAAGUGUUGAUGAUAUUUGUCAUCAAGUUGACCUUAUACAAUACCCACCAAAUGGAAAUCAGUUCUACAGCAUACCAAUAGUAGAAGACUUUUUGAACUGCUUUAUUUUCAAAGCUCUAUUACAUUCACAUGCCUUUGAUUCUUUUUGUGCAGGGUGUGAAUCUCGCUCUGCUACUUACAAAGCCUCCAACAGAAAAAAGUCUCAAAAGGUCAAUUUCAAAUUUGAACCAGCAGAAAAUAAGGCAGUGCGGCAGGACAUGCCAGAGAUAGAUUGUGACUUUAUGAUGCAAGUGGCAGUAAUGUCUGAUGAACAACCUGCAGAUAAAGACUUCAAGAAUCGCAUGAAGAGCAUUGUCAAGAUUGUUUGUAAAUUCAAUACUCUCAUUAAAUUUGUUGAUGAUUAUGUUAUUGAAGCAAUAGGGUCAAGUGCUUCUCAAAUGAAGGAGAGGGUUUUGAUCAGUGUGUCCAAUACAGCAGUCCCAGAUGACAUAACCCCCAAAUUUCCUCAGUAG